AUGUCGAAACUCCUGUCUCUUCCGCUCCCACAUCUUCCUUCCAGUUUCGGAAAAUCACAUCCCAAGAAGUUCAAUGUUAUCUCGGCAGCUGCCACGGCUACUGUUGAGGCUGUCCCGAUUGUCAGAGAUUCGUCAGCCACGCCGUACCAAGUGCUCCGCGUCAAGCCUUCUGCUUCGCAGGCAGAGAUCAAGGCCGCUUACCGUAGAUUGGCGAAGCUCUACCACCCGGACUCGGCUUUGACAAAUGGAGACGAGGGCGACUUCAUCGAAAUUCAUAAUGCCUACGCCAUGUUAUCUGAUCCAACAGCCAGAGCUCGCUAUGAUCUGUCCAUGCGGUUACAUUUUUCAGAGCAGGGCGGCGGUUCUAACCAGAAAUCAGAUUUCUACGCUUCCUUUCAUAACGUAGCUGAAACUCUGAAGUACUACUGA